AUGGCUGAGGCUGUAAGCCAAAGUGAUUGGAAAAAGACACUACUAUCCAAAAAGGUAGAAGCAUCGGUUCAGCCUUUAAACUUACUUGAAUAUUCCUUACCUGGACCACUUCGAUCGGUUACAAAUUAUUUAUGCCAACGUACGGAUCUUCAUUCCCACAUCGACAUCGACGGUAUAGAAAGUGAAUGGAUUGAAACCAUGGAAUUACUUGAGCAAGACUUACAACAACUCCUACAUUUAUCUCAUCCACAAUUUUGGACUCAGGUCUUACAUGAUAGCUCUAUUAGAAGAUUUUUAGAUUCUUAUUUAAGUCGCGCUCCACGCUGUCUUGAAGAAUGGAAGCGACUACCAUCACAGAUUCUUGAUAUUCAUCGGCGGAAUCAUUACUUUUCUCCACAUGAAUUCGGCCAAAUCAUAUAUGAUUGUUAUGUAUUUGAUAUACCCAAAAUCAUGGAUAUAUGUUUGCUUUACCAAUCUGCUAACGAAGCCUUAAUCAAAAAAAUGGUUGACAAUAUAUUUACCAGUCAACCAAAAUAUAUUAACGAUUUAAAGAUUUGUAUUCCGACAUUUACAAAGGUGCUUGAUGGCAUCGUAGCCGCAAUAGCAGAUAUAAACUCUCGCAACAAUCGAAUUCAAUCACGGAGUAUAGAAAUGAUUAGAACUGAAGUUGCAGACUUAGUUCUCCUCUUAUCGGAUACCAUGGCAACACUAUGCUCGUUUUUAGAAGUUUAUCCUAAAGCAGCAAGUAUUUUAUCUGAAAACGACUUUAUUCGCAGGUUGGCUGACAUGUACGAAAGUAUAUUUCCAACACUUUACCAUCGUUUUGCAGAAACAAAUCUAAAUCAAAUAAGUGUAAAUGAAGACGAAAGACAAAAGACUGUAAACAAAUUUUUACAGAUUAUUGCUGAUGUCUUGGCAAAUAAAAGAGAUCAAUCAAAUGUAGAUUACUUUUCUGAAGCAAUUGCUCAAGUAUGUCAGGAAGUAUCAUUUUUAUGCGAUAGCAAUAAGCCUGCAGAAACCGAAGAAGUUGCCACUGGUUACGUGGAUAACCAAAUUGAGGACUCAGUUGCUUCGGUAACCGAUUCACAAAUCAAUGUAGAAACUGCUAUUCUAAGAGUGCGUGAUAUUCUCCCACACUUAGGUGAAGGCUUCGUUAUGGCAUCUUUAGAUGAGUACAAUGGCGAUGUCGAUAAAGUUAUUGAUGCCAUACUAGAAGAUCAAUUAUCAGCCUCAGAGGAUUACGUUAAUAGCAACUCUAAACCACAACUAAGCGAACGUGCUUCUGUAUACGAUUACGAUGAAUUUGACGUGUUCCAUAGGGAUGAUGUUGAUAUUUCUCGAAUUCAUCGAGGAAAAAAAAAUUCUUAUAAGAGCGUAGAUGAUUUUCUGAAUGAUACUUCUGUUGUCGAAAUUAUGCGAAGAACGGGCGUAUUCGAAAGAUUCGAUGAAUACGAUGACGAGUAUGAUGACACGUACGAUGACGCUGAAGUCGCCGUUACGGCCGACGCUGUCAGACAUGACGAUGACCUAAUACAACGCAGACCUUUCGUUACACCGAGGGUGUUGCAGAAUACGAGAGAUGCGGAAGACGAUGAAUCUGACAACCAAGAAUCUGAUACAAUCCAUACGACUGCCACUAGUAAUGCGAAAACCCAGGCUAAACCAAACAAGGCCACCGACGGCAAUAUAGCCAAUGGCAGUGCCCAUAAUAAUAAGCGUAGUGGUGCGCGGCAACAAUCUAAUCGUAGUGGUAACGAUCAACGGAAUAACACUAAUGGCAAUAAUAAUGAGGUGAGAGAUAGACGUAAUAAGGAAAGACAUAAAUCAUCUAGAGCAAAUCACAACAGGAAAUUUCUUUCUGAUCGAAAGCAUGCGAAAGGAUUCGGAGGCUUUCCGACAUAA